AUGUCUCAUACCGCCACCGUCGCAGCAACCACGACAUUGAAAGUCCUGAAGUACCUCUCGCCCUCCUGCCAGCAGGUCGUAGAAGAGGAAUUCACAGCAACCACUGCCAGAGUUCUCAUCCGCUCCAACCUCGGCGAUCCAAAGCUAUGGCCCACCAUCGACCAGCACAUCUGCAACGGCGCUGCGCUGGUCUCGUCAGGACACUACGCUGACAUGGCUGCCGUGGUGGGUGAGUACAUUUGGCGAGCUUACCGCGGCAAGGAUGCAGAGGCGCCAGGUAUCAACGUGGGUCACAUGGAGGUGACCAAGACCUACAUCGCGCUGGAGCCACAGCCUCCGGAGGGACAAUGGCUGGAGAUGGAGGUUAAUCUGGUCGUUCCCGAGAACAGUUGUGGCGACAUCAUCGACGCCACCACCCACUGCACCUUCCGCAAGAUCAAGCCCGAUGGGAAGAAAGUCGAAGAUCUGGCUGAGUGUACGAUCGAGUUUGAGUUCUACUACAACUGGCUGGCGGAGUGGAGCAGUCAGGCUGGUCUGUUGAAGAGCAAGAUCGCCAACCUGUGGACCAGGGCUCAGACGGAAGCUUCGGGAGACGUGCAGCUCAUGCAUACGAAGAAGGCAUAUGACCUCUUCCGAUCUUUCGUGGACUACGGGCCAAAGUAUCAGAACAUGGCGGAAGUGGUGUGCGACAUGAAGGCAUUGGAGGCUACCUCAAAGCUCGCUCUGCAGACAGAUCCGGCGGAAGACUGUCUCGGUCCAUACUACCUCGACGCUUCCUGCCACGUCUCUGGCUUCGUUUGCAACACGGCUGAUGAGGACAUCAAGAAGAACGCUUAUAUCUCGCACGGCUUCGACGGGAUGAAGAUCACGCCGCGCUUCAAUCCUUAUCCGGGUGCAGACAUCCAGAACUACGUCCACAUGAAGCCGAUGCCGAGCGACAGCAGCAUACUGGAGGGGGAUGUGUAUGUACUGCAGGACGGGGAGGUGGUGGGGCUGUGGGAGGGCGUGAGGUUCAAGAAGAUUCCGCGGAGGAUAUUGAACGUGUUUCUGCCGCCGAGGAAGCGUUGA